GAAUUAGACAUCUACAGUUUGAAGGCUUAAUCGUAUUGUGAUUUAUUAUCAAAGGAACGUUCUUACAGUCAGUCUUUUAAAGGCAAAGAGAAAAGCUCUGGAAGAGGAGUGGAAAUAAGUUGAAGAGUUUAAAAGUUCAAGAGCAGUGUAUACGAUAGGACAUGAACUGACCUUUGAAAUGACUAAGAUUUCGCUCACUCCAAAGGUUCUGGAAAUGGUAAAGUUCUUUAAUAACACAACUUCUGAUCUGAAACUUAUUUAGGCAUUCUGACGUUUUCAAGUAUUGUAUAUUUCCAGCACAAAAUGUUUCCAGGUUUUACAAAGAUCAAGGCUCAACAGUCCGAAAAACAGUGAAUCUGUGGAAAAUGAAAUUAACAACUCCAGCAAACUAGACUGUAUUGUGAACAGACGUGUUAAGACAGAUUCUCAUACUUUUAGCAUUAAAGAAAACAGGAAAAAUAUGAAGUUUUAUGAAUCCAAUUCUCAUCAGCCCAAAUUCAAUGAUGGUGAUGGUAGUAUUGAUGCAGACGAGAUGCCCAGAAUGGUUACAUUUUUCAAUUCCCUUUUCAAAAGGCAUAGAGCGUUCAGUUUCAGGAAAAGACCAACUUCACUGAUUGCUUUCAGAGAGGCUUCCAAGCAAAAAUCCAGAUUGUCCUUCAUAGACAGACUGCGAUCACUCAAAAGACUCAAGGCAACAGAAUUCUUUAGGCUUCGGUUUUCCAGAAACAUGAGAAACAGAACCUCUAAUAUUUGGAAUCGGAAUAAGGGAGAGAUGCCAAAUGGCGUUUUGGUGUGUAAACAGGCGUUAGAUAAAAAAAAGUUUAGACAUACAUUUGCGGGAGAUCUGCAAGACUUUGACACCACUGGAGAUGCAAAUCUAAUUAGCACUGCUCUGGAGACUGUUAACAUUGAAGAAGCAGAAGCCCAUGAGGUUAACAAAAGGUGGAAUAAUGUACAAACCUGUCUCAAAGGCUCAAACAGAAAAACAUUUGACCCAAGUAUAAAAAGUUGUUGCAAUUCCAUAGCUGCUUUUGCAGAGGAUGCAAGUAAUAAAUACACGAAAAUCCCACAAGAAUGUAAACAGACUAGCAAAAUAAAUGUUUUAAAUUACUUGAAAAAGAUGUCACUGAAAAAGAAGGCAAACAUGAACCCCACUGUUGAGGAAACAAACUACAAUGGCCAAAACUCUGACAGAUUAGUUGAUCGUGCAUCUAUUAAGCAGGAAUGUGAGCAAAAUUACUCAGACAAAUCCAGUAGAAUAAAAGAUAGUAAAAACAUGUCAAAAAGAAUUGAUUUCAGCAAGGUCGUCAAAUUAAUCAGCCGAGCAAGUAAACAGAGGAACUUUUCGGAUGUCUACACACAGUUUGAGGAGACCCCUGAGGCUAGAUCCAUCAGUCAUAAGCAUGAUCUUCACACAGCUCCUAUUAUUCCAGAGACUGGAGAUGGGAAAUGUAUCCUGCUGUCACAGUCUUGUCUCACUUCAGAUCAUGGAAUAUGUAACCCACCCAGUCAAUCCAGAUCAUCAGAAAGCAGACAAUUACAUGAAGUAAUAAGGGCUGACAUUUCUGUAAGGAGUUGUAACUCAGAACUACCUGACUUCUUCCCUCCCGUUUCUUUCUCUUGUGGUGAAUCGAAGACCCCUGACAGCGUGGUAAAUUGCCGAGCUCCGAAUGUGGCUGUUCAUUCUGAUGAGAUUGUUGAGUUCACAGAAGAAUCCACAGAUCAAAAAGAUGAGACUCAGCCAAAUGAUAUAAGUGAAAUUGUACGAGGAGAUGAAUCUCUAAGUCAACGCCAUCAUGUGAUAAUACCUUUAACAACAGUGGGAGAUUUGGAUAAGGUCACUGCAAAGGAGAAAGUGGAUGACCAGCCUCAUGAUGAAGAAAGUGGAAGAAAUGAGGACUUGAACAAUAACCAAACACAAGUAAAUUGCAAAAAACUGCCACGCCCUGUAUCUGAUUGUGGUCAUCUUUGCAAUUGGCAAUCUGCAAUCCCAAAAGAAGAUUCUCUUGCUGUAGCAGAUUUCAAUAAAAGGCCCAGAGUGCUGGCAGACUCAGCAGGACUUGGAGCUUCUAACAACUAUUCACCAGCUUCCAAGAUAAAGCUCAGAAGCAAGCGAACUAGGCAAAGGCCAUUCUCUGUGAUAGAUGGAGCAACUCUUAUUGAACAUUGUGAGAAGACAAGCAAUCUUCAUCAACCAGCAAGUUGCCGCCCACCACCUCCAAACCAAGUUCCACCUUUCAGAGCAGUAUCUCACAGAAAUCGACCUCUUGUUUUGUCUCAGAGCACACCAAUAGGGCUCGAUCAAGUUGGCUGGAAAAGCCAUGUGUUGGUAAUGACAGAUGAUGCUGUACUUGGAAGUGAGAUGUCCAGGAUCCAUGAAAAUAAUGGGAGUAAUAAAUAUUGUGCCGGUUUCUUUCAUGGCACUGUCAGACCUCUGAAGCAUGGUGCGGAGCAAGUACCCGUGAGUAAGCUGAUCAGUGGCGGUUACAUUGUCAGUGCUGAGGCAGUAUGGGAUCACGUCACAAUGGCCGACCGUGAGUUGGCAUUCAAAGCUGGGGACGUUAUUAAAGUCCUCGAUGCCUCUAACAAGGAUUGGUGGUGGGGACAGAUCGACGAUGAAGAAGGCUGGUUUCCGGCCAGUUUUGUGAGGCUUUGGGUGAACCAGGAAGACACUGUAGAUGAAGCCAGUAGUGAAAUUCAAAAUGGACAUCUGGACCCAAAUUCUGACUGCCUGUGCCUUGGCAGGAGUGUUCAGAACAGAGACCAGAUGAGAGCAAAUGUCAUCAAUGAAAUUAUGAGCACAGAACGACACUACAUUAAACAUCUGAAGGACAUCUGUGAGGGUUACCUCAGGCAAUGCAAGAAACGCAGGGACAUGUUCAGUGAUGAGCAGUUGAAAGUCAUAUUUGGAAAUAUUGAAGACAUUUAUAGAUUUCAAAUGAGUUUUGUCAGAGACCUGGAGAAGCAGUACAACAAGGAGGAUCCUCAUCUGAGUGAAAUUGGACCCUGCUUCCUGGAGCAUCAAGAUGGAUUUUGGAUUUAUUCUGAGUACUGUAAUAAUCACCUGGAUGCAUGCAUGGAACUUUCCAAGCUGAUGAAAGAUGGCAGGUAUCAGCAUUUUUUUGAGGCUUGUCGACUCCUUCAGCAAAUGAUUGACAUUGCCAUCGAUGGCUUUCUCCUCACACCUGUGCAGAAGAUCUGCAAAUAUCCACUACAGCUUGCAGAAUUACUCAAGUAUACGGCAUUGGAACACAGUGACUAUAGAUACGUUGCUGCUGCUUUGGCAGUCAUGAGGAAUGUGACGCAACAAAUCAAUGAACGCAAAAGGAGAUUGGAAAAUAUUGACAAGAUGGCUCAAUGGCAAGCUUCAGUCCUUGACUGGGAGGGCGAUGAUGUUCUGGACAGGAGCUCUGAGUUGAUCUAUUCUGGGGAAAUGACAUGGAUUUAUCAGCCUUACGGACGGAACCAGCAGAGGACGUUCUUCCUAUUUGACCAUCAAUUGGUGAUGUGUAAAAAGGAUUUAAUACGACGGGACAUACUUUACUACAAAUGCAGAAUUGAUAUGGACAAAUAUGAAAUAAAUGACGUUAUUGAUGGAAGAGAUGAGGAGUUUAAUGUUAAUGCCAAGAAUGCCUUCAAACUUAAGAACAAGGAAACAGAGGAAGUGCACUUAUUCUGUGUAAAGAAGCCAGAAGAAAAGCAAAGAUGGUUGCGAGCACUUCACGAAGAGAGAAGAAUGGUUCAAGAAGACGAAAAGAUAGGAUUUGAAAUCUCGGAGUAUCAGAAGAGACAAGCUGCAAUGACUGUAAGAAAAGUCAGCAAACAGAAAGGAGUGAACUACACAAGGUCAUUACCUCCCUCAUACCCAGCACCCCCGGAUCCUGUCCACCAGAGAAACUUCAUGCUCACUGAUGGUAUCCCUCAGGGGUCAAUGUAUGAACUAACGGAGCCCAAACGCAGCCAGUCUCCAUUCUGGCAGAACUUCAGUAGGUUAGCACCAUUUAAAAAGUAACAGGCCAUGUUAUUAUGGGAGGACCUAGCCCUUGUCGAUUUCUCCUGGCAGUUAAAAACAAAAUGUGGACCAACAAACAAUGUUUGGAUCAUGGAUAUAGGUGAUUAAACCAUCCACUGACAUCUUCCCUACUGAGCCUUGGUUCAAAGCAACAUUUUAGCUAAUUAUUUCUUAAUGUGGGUUCAACUGUUCAAAAAACAUACAGUGUGACAACAGAAGGUCAGAAAGGAAUACUGAAAUUCAGACUCAAACUUCAUUACAUUAUUUCAUUUGUGAUUAUGUGAACUUAGGUGUGCUCUUCAGUGCACUGUAAUGCAGCUGUACACAGACACACAUGCACACACACAAACACAUAUCUAUGUGUAUAUAUUCAUGUAAUAUGUAUGUGAGUGAGCGUGUGUGUGUGUGUGUGUGUGUGUGUGUGUGUGUGUGUGUGCAUUUAUCUUGCUUCUGUUACUCUAAAAGCUUAUUACAUAUGUAUUGGAGUGUGAAUGUUUUAUUGCUUGAUUAGUUUUACAUAAGCUACUACAGAUGUUUUAAUAACAAACAAUGUAGCCACACUUUUGAUGAUUUAUUAUAUAUCCAUGUAGAUGACAUGUUAUACCAAGUGAACAAUCCCAAACUCCAUUUGAAGACACAAGAGUUUGAGAACGCUGGACUACUAGUCAUUAUGUUAAGACAACAUUUCUAAUGCCACUCAUGGGGUUUGUAGUUAUUCACAAGAUAAGAUUUAACUGACAGGACCACUUCUUCACUAUCUCUGUACUUAACUGGUUAGAAGCCAAUUUUAUUCCUCAAUACAAAAAAUUGUUCAACACAAUGGAUAUAUAAUCAUUAUGUUUUGACCAUAAAAUUAAUUGUUUAAUAUAAUUAACAAUAUUUGCUAUGUUUUAAUACACAUUUGUUUCAGCAUUAUACUUAAUAUUUAAUAAGGCUCAACAACUGAUCCAAUUGCAUUUUAUAUUGUGUUGGAAGAUGUGGUGUAACAUCAACAAGUCAUUUCAGUAGUCAGUUUAUCCUUUCUUCACCUUGUGUAUUUUUGGACAUUUGCCAGCACUUCCACAGGAACAGCAUCUGAUUGAACCAUCAGAUUGAUAUGAUGUGAUAACUUUACAAUAUCUCUGGACUAUUUUAACUGAAAUGUUUGCAAUUCAGUGGCGCUGUGUGGAUUAAACAGUGCACUACACAGUAGAUCACAAACUAUGUUCCUGAAGGAGUCAUUACAGAUUAAGGAGUUAAGUUAUCUUUAAAUAUUGUCCUACAAAAAUGUUUUGUGCCACAAGUGAUGUAAGCAUUUGUUUUGUGAUGUGCUAAAAUUUCAUUAUUUUGCAUUUCCAAUGCACUUGAUGAAAUAAUACGUAGUAUAGAAAUGGUGAAAUAGCCAAUCUUUUGAAAUAAUAAUGAACAUUUUUAUAGAAUUACAGAGCUACUUUUCCAAUAAUCAUAGCUAGAUAUUAUUUUCUAACAAUCUAAAUAAUUAAAUAUUUAUUAAAAUAGUGCCAAAAAUAUAGAAAUAAAUUCAACAAAGAAAACCUAGUUAGUAUAUGAUUCAAUACACAGGCACUUAGCUAAAUGAGGGUCAAUCACCAUCAACUGACAGAUUGCUUAUUCUGUGCUAGUGCUGCAUAAAGGUUGUUGGUGCCCUGUAACUAAAGUAAUUAGCUAAAACCUGUUUAAUCAAGAAGGUAUUUUCUCAAACUGAAGAUACAGUCCUUCAGGUAUAUGUUAUUGUGAUCCAUUUAGGAAAUUUAGUGGCUUGCUUUUGUUUUGCUUUUACUUAUUGAAUUAUUAAAGCCCAAAUUACUUAGUUUCAUUGUAAUUGCUGUGGUAUUUGGCCAACCAUAUUCAAGCUCUUUGCUCAGGUAAAUUUCAGAACGAUGUGCCAUAUAAACUAGUGAUGGACUGGUACAUAGUUCCACUAAUCCAGCUCUUUUUGAUGAUUUUCAGUAUGUGACUACAUUGGUAAGGAUAUCAGAUACUGUUCAAAUAUAGUUGGACCAAAUGUGAAACUACCGAUUGAAAUUGGUGAUUGACAUUUUAACACAAACCAGGAGAGCUUUAAACAAUAUGAAGAAAAAGGCCAAGGCUUCUGUGCUGUUGUAUUCUGAGGGCAAGCAAACACAGUCAUUGCUUUUUUAUUUAGCAUAUGGUCAAAUGAUGACAUAGAAUGACUCAAAUCAUGCCUGUGCAUUUUCAUUUAAGGCCCUCCAUUUUUGUCAUUUGACUCGGGCACUGGACCGGAGGUUUCUCAGGGGAAUAUUGGCCAGAACACUGAUCUUGCAAGUUAAUGCUCUUUGUAAUAAGUGACCAAUUGAUCUGCAUUGCCCAGAAAGCCAAAUGAGAUCUAAAUUCAAAAUCAUGAACAAAGUCAGCACCCCUUACGUACCAUAAGUCAGUGGUCUCAGUGUUGGACUGGAGUGCAGUGUGAACAGAUAGGAGUGCAAUAUGUCCAGUAAAGAAAAGGAGAGCUAGUGCUGGGCUAACCAGAACUAUUAUGAUAAAUAACAUUAUGAAAUUAUCACUUAUCAUGUUUACAGGGAUGGAAACUGGUUGCCACUGAUGAUUUGAUAGAUAUUGAUAAGCCAUCAUUGCACUUUUUGCUGAACUUAUCCACAACUCUUAAGAAAGAAAAAUGAAAAUUAUCUGUCACCCUCAUGCAGAAUAUAGGUUCAGUUAUUACUAUAGUUUCCCUCAAUCGUCUAAUUGGUAAAAUCUCAACCAGUGAAAUACUAUGCCAUUCAUAGUUUUGAUUGUUGGUCUGUACUGACUGACGUUGUUAGGUCAUCAACCUUGGGCUCCAACCAUUCAACUCUACCCUGUAAUAUUUGUGAGAAGGUGCACAUAUGCAGAGCUCAGAUAAGAGCAGAUUAAUCUGCUGACACUCAUUGACUAGGUUCUUCUGUGAAGAAUAACCUUUUAGCAAUGAAGUUGAAGACUGCUAAACCUUCAAGUACAUGGUCCAUUGAUAAUACUUGCAAUGUUCUGAGAAUAAAAAAAAAUGUUGAAGGUAUGUUAAACUGAAUUAAUUGCUUGCUCUUUGUUUGAAUAUGAAAUGAGAUGUCCAGAAAGUUAAGGUGGAGGUGCGGUGGAGUUGGAGACUGCUCACCCCACCUGCAAGAAAAGUCUGCUGCGAGCCAAUGGACAAAAAAAAGGCCAUCCUGCAUCCCUAAUAUGCUGCAGAAACCUGUCGUGCUGGGGAGUCGGAUUUUGGUCUCUCACUGGAGAAGAAGUUCCACCCUCUGGGAAUUUGGUUCUGCAGCAACUCCAACAGAUUUGGCAAAGCUCAGUGGUGGGCACCACCAAAACGCCAGGAAAGUCUGCAAAAGAGACCUAUGUGCCAAAGUGAGGCAAAUCCAGAGGUAUUGAAAAGCGAAGUGUUUGUGACCUUAUGGAGUGACACCAUGAGAGUAUAGGUUGGGUUUGAAGUAUAGCAGGUAGGAACAAAGUGAGGAAGUUAUUCUCUAAUCAGGGGGUGAUGGAAGCCUUGAUGAACAAAAAGCACCCUCCAAAGAUUUUAUAUGCCUUCCUGUCAUCUCAAAACUUUAAAAUGAAAGGGCUACCACUACUCACCUGGCUGCCAAUUUCCAAACUUAUUACUGCAUAUGCAGGGUCAGGAGGUUGAUUGAGCUUUUCACUAACGCAAAUGACCUUGUAUUUAUUAUUAUAUAAUGAACAGACUUUUGACUUCAGCAGCCUCUCAGUGAUGGGGUUGAGCUGGGAUGGGUGCAACAUUGUUGGGAUGGCCAUCCAAACUAUUUCAUGUACCCCUCAGGCUAAAAACACAUGGAGUAUUGGCACAUAAUUUCCAGCCCAAGUUUAUAAUUUCUCCACCCAGCUAACUUUGCCUCACUUCGAGUGUAGUCAUCCACGCUCAUGAGAGCAACUAAAAGAAGUCCGUAGCAUUUUUUUUGAUCAAAAUAUCUCAGGGCAAAGUAUUCCAUGCUUGUAAGCAUAUAAGUGAUGCCAUUACGAACCAUUAUUGUACCAAAUUGUCACAAAGUAAAUCCUUCAAUUUUGCUUCAUGGUGUUAACAUAAUGGAUCAAAGUUGCAUCUUCCAAACAGGUGAAUACAGCUUCCCGUAUCAUACUGUAUUGUACAGUUGCUCUUGGGUCGUCAUGUACAUCAUAAUACAUCAUAGUACUCUGUUUAAUCUUGACACUAGAAAAAUGCCAUACAUGGCAUUUACACAAACAUGCAGCCAUAAAUCAAUGUAAAAUGUUUCCACGAUUUAAUGCAAAUCAUUGACACGCAUUCUGUGUAGCAGUAGAGUUGCUGUUAUGAAAAAAAACUUCAAAUUAACUUGCAUGGGAGUGUUUCCACCUUCCAGUUCCUGUGGAACUAAAGGUAAAACUGCCAAAUUUUCUUUCUUGGUUUAUAGUCUCAUUCAAGAAAUGUGUGAUGAUUGAAGGCAUGAUACCAUUAUCUCAAAAUUGUCAGUGCAGCACUAUCGAGAAUCGAUUCUGAACACUGCCAAUUCACAUAAACAGAAGACUGAACAUGUGAACAAAUUAAAUGACAAGUUCAGGGGAGUGGUAGGGGGUGGGUGGAGGUGGCUGUCAGUGGACAGAGAGAUGUGAAGUUUGGAAUUCUCUAAUAAUUCACAAAUUCAGGCAGAAGAAUUACCAUUAAACAGAUCUUUUAUUUCUGAAAAUAGUUAUAAAGUAAUUAGGGUUACAAGGUGCAGGAACAAUUCUUUAAAAGGCCAAGUCAAUUAGAAUUAUUGUAUUGAACAAGACCAAUGGUUAAGUUAUAAACUCUUACCUUUUUACAACAUGUUGUGUAGUUAUAGACACUGGAUUUGUAAAUUAUGUCAAAUUAUUCACGUGUAUUGUUGCGAAAUGGUCUGAGAAAGCCAUCUCCUUGAACUAGCAAAAUAAAGCGACACUAACUGCAAUGUCCAAUUACAUAGUUAUAAUAGUACAACCUAAGCAGCCUCUACGGUCUUAAAAUAAAUAGGACUUUCUUGUGAUUGAUGUGCAUGUCCAAAUGAACCAUGUUCAAUAUAGAAAUAUGAUUCUCACUACCAUAUUGUAAUACUCCAUGAAAUGGGUGAUAAAUUGAGUAACAAAACAGUCCUGUUGGAGCUAAUAGUGUAACAUGAAUUAGUUGGAAUGAAGGCUGUAAGCAAAAUUCAUAAUUUAGCUUGGGCCUGUAAAAUAUCAGCAUUUUGCUCAGAAUUUUAUUUCUACAUGUGUACAAAUUAGUUGUAAUGGGAUUAUAUCAUGGGUUUGCCCAAUUUGUUUUUGUAUAAGUGUUGUUCAAAUUUGAGAAACAAUGCAUGCAUGAUGCCAUUGGAUGCUAUGCACGGUCUCACUGCUGUUUUUUGGAACACACAUGACAUUGAUUGAUAACUUUUAGAGAGUGAUGCACUACCAGUAAAUAAAAUGUAAGUUCAAAUCCUGGCUUCUUGUUGCAAGAGAAACCAUAGCAUGGUAAAAUCACCAGUAAAACAUGACGUUAGAUAUUAAUUGCUACCAACUUAAACAGGUCUGAGAUUCCUAUGUGAAUCAUACUAUUGAAGUGUAGGAUAAUAUUGACAGAUUGAGAUCUAACCAAUAAGCUCCAGCAGACUAGAGCUUACUUUCUGAUGUAGAAAUGGCCAAUGUUAUAAAUGAAAGGGUCAUAAAUGGACUUUGUUAGUACGUGGAUGUAGAUAGGUUUGUAAAAUUAAACAUUAUCUUUCUUGAAAAUAACUUUCUCUUGAAUAUAGAUUCACUUUAGUUUUACUCACUCAUGUAGAAUACAGCUGAGAUAGUCCCCUAAUGUAUAAAUAUAUCUCCAGCUCACUGUCAUUUAUCCGAAAUUUACUGUGACUGCGGUUAGUCCUUAUCAGUUUAUGUACACUUGUAUUAUUGAUUCUCUCAUAUGAAGACUUAUUAUUAAAAACAGACAUCUAAUUACUAUCAUUUACCUAUUAAUUAUUAAAAAGACCUACAAUGUGUUGAAGAAUAAUUUUUAGGUAUCCACUGGUAGAGGAGCAGGAUUUUAUGGAGUACUGGCAAAUUGUCGCUUGUCGAGUUGGAAGUCUUACUUGCUGCAACUGCUUUUCUUGGUGGUACCAUACAAAGUUGGAACAUCAUAAAUGAAACAGGGUGGCUGAAGGGUCUUGCUGUAGCUGGUUCACAUAUGGCACAUUACAUCUGGAAGUUAGAAAAGUUUAUUACUAAGACAAUAUACUUACUUUUUAAAAAUAAUAUAGAUUUUCUGCUACAGUUAUAUAAAAUUAACACUUAUAGUUGCUCCAUAUAAUCUUUUAGAUAGGUAUCAUUUGUUUAAAUUCAAACUUUUUGAUUGAGGUAUUAAAAAUGUUCAUAAAAGAUUCCUUCCCCUGCCAUUUAAUCAACAAUUUUGGUCCUAGUUAAUGCUCCUGUUCAAACAGCAGUCAGAAAUCCAGUAUAAAUAUCUUAACAAAAUAGUUACUAUCACACAGUACACCAGCCUAGAUAUUUUAAUUGCCUCAGUUAACAAGCACAUCAUCAGUUAGAAAGCUUUAAUGGUAAAGUAUUCAUAAUAUAUUCUCUCUCUAACAGCCUAAAUAGUGAUACCCUCAUUCUCUAUACUACAAGAGAAGGUUCUACAAAAGCUUAUUUUCUCUAUAUUAGAGCUAUAAAUUACCAUGAGAAGUUUAGGAAUUGAAAUAAUUAGUUCUAAUAAUUAAUUUAUGCAACAUAUUGUUUUUGUGAUUCAUGAAUGAAUUUAUGGAUAAAUUCUAAUAAUGUCAAUUGGACUGAUUGGCUAUAAUAUUGGAAAGAAUUUCUCCAAUGGAAAAGUAGAUAAAAGUAAUGACCUACAUUGUCCCAAGGUCCCAAAAUUGAUGGGUGAUCUUAAACAGACCAGCAAAUGGAGUGCUGCAUUUGGUCUCAGCACCCCGUACCUCUAAAAUUAUUUAAAUAUGAAUGACAGCAAAAUUAGGGUUGGGCCAGAAAGCUGAUGGGGAUGAUCUGCACAUGAAACUAAUCUGCUGAUAGCCACACCACUUCCCAUUACAGAAUGCCUACUUGGACCAGACAGUAAUGGUAUGGUAUUCUAUGCUGAAGGUUGGUACCUUUUAUUGGGGAGAAAGGUUUGCAUCUUUAAGAGCACAUAAGGAGAAUUCCAGCAGAGGUUUGAAUGCCAGUAUUUGGUCCACAUUAAUUUUGUUGAAGCUGUUGCUCAUGUAGCCCUUAAAUAACAUUUCAUUUAUUAAUAGCUAAAUUGUUUCCCACAGCGUUAGAGAAUAACAAUUAUUUUCUUUGAUAUAACUCUCAAUUUCACUGUAAGGUAUUUAUGAAUUUUUAAGCAUGUUAGACAGAUUCUGACAAAAAGAAACCUACAGUUAGCUAGAUGAAGUAAAGUAAUCUAUUCUCCUGCAACAAACAAACCUUAACUGAACAGAGCAUCUUGUAGUACAGUAGCAAUGUUCAGGUUGAAGCCUCACUUAAGAAUGGGACAGUCGCAGAGGUGCGUGAUUACAUGUCUAAGCAGGUUAAUUAAAAAUACAACAAGCACUAACUUGCGUAUUAGAAAAUACUUCCAUAGUUUUCAGCUCCUUGGCAGAUUACCAGCAUAAUUAGAAAGCAGACAGUGAUGGUGUUGAUCAGACACUAACAACUAUUGAUGGGCUUGAUUAGACACUUGUCUCCUACCUCUGUAGCCUAGGUUUAAAAUCAACCUAGCCUGCUGAAUAGCAGGAUAUUGUUCUCUUUUGUCUUUUGCCUGUAAAGGUCCGAUAUAAGAUAAAGUUGAGUACUUUCAAUUCAUUUACUGUAUUCACAACAUAAAACUGUCCCAAAGUAGCAUUAACUGACUGAAAUGUGUGUGUGGGGAAUGGUAGCAGUACAGUAAAGGCUAUUAUUCUGAGGUUUGAACUGAGGCAUAUUAUUAGGCAGAUUGGAGCGAGAUUUGCUUGGCGUAUAUACUUGUGAAUAGAUUGUGAAAAGUAUGGUGGAAAUUACUGAUUCUGAUCAUUUAUUUAGCAAUCCCAGAGUUACAUUUAACUUGUUUCAAGUUUCUAGUGUGAAAACACAGGAGUUCAUUAAUUUCUUACCAGCUGGUGGCAAAAUAAGACACUGGCAAUUUCAACUAUUGGGCUUCAUUAAUAUGCAAUCGGCUAGCUGAAAUUGGGCAUUGCGCAGCUUGAGUCCUGUGAAAAAUCCUUAUCUGCUCAUUUAUAACAUUGAUGAGGAGAAAUUAUUUCUCUCGAAAGGAUUGUGAAGCUGUGGAAUUCACACCCCCAGAGUGUGGUGAAUAUGGGGGCAUUGAGUGAUUUUAAGGAAGACACAGACAGAUGUUUAAUUAUUAAUGGGUUAAAGGGUUUUGGAGAGUGGCCAGGAAAGUGGAGUAGAAGACAAGGUGAGAUCAACCAUGAUCAUAUUCAAUGGUGUAGCAGGCUUGAUAGGCUGACUUGCUUGAUAGGCUGACUCUUGCUCCUUGUUGUAAUGUUUUUAUAGGUGUGGAAAUAGGAGCUAGUCAGAAAGCAUCACAUGAUAGGGAACAAAUGGAGUCUGAGGCAGGUUAAGUCUCACCUUGCCUUCUAGGUGCUGCUCCUCCUGGACUCAGAAAUUGAAGUAAAUUACUUGUGUUAAAGGGUCUACUUUGCUUUUGAUCUUCUCACAAAGCCCAAAGGCUUCACUAAUUCAAUCAAAAUUCAAACUGUAUUUGUGGUUUGCAAUUCUGGUCUGACUCCAAUCUGUUUAUUUAUAAAAGGAUUUAGUCAUUACAGCCAUGCCAGCAAAAAUCAUCAGCAGUGAGACCAGGAUUGGACAUAUUUGCUCAAACACAAGCAGGAAGUUCAAAAUAAGAAGCUUCCUAUCAUAUUUUCUACACAAUCAAUAUUAAAAAUAAUUAUCUAAAAGUAUCUUUAAAAUUGAUAUUUUUUCAUCAAACUAUCACACUUGAUUGCAAUGUUCCCUUCAUCAAAGGCCAUCAUUGGAAACAACUAUCAAUUGAUUGACCAAAUUAAUUUAGACACCAGAAAGAAAACAUGAAUUGGAUAUAUUGCAUUGCUGGUGAAUGCCAGAUGCUGGGCAUGAAAUAUUUCUGCUGUAGUUUAGCUCUGUGGCCUUUCUACUUGACAUGAAACCUAACUGUGAUGAAUAUUGACUCCCAGGCUUCCCAGUAGGAUCUGUUUCAGCGAUUGCAAUCAACUGCAAAUCUAGCUGAAUUCGCCAAUCUGCAUUAGUCACACACUUGAUUCAACCUUCUUAAAUUCUCUUUCUUUAUGUUAUUUUAAUUAAAAUCAGGAUGCAAAGUCAAAACAAAAGAAAGUUUUGACAGGAAGAUUUAUUGUGUUCAUUCAUACCCAAAUUGGACACAUUUAAAGUGUCAUUCGCGAACAUGUCCAUAGGGUGAUAUGUCCUUCAGAAGAUAACAUGGAUUAACAAGACAAAAAUAACAAAUGUAAUCUGAUCGUUCUUUGUUUAUUGACAAAAAUGCUAAAUUUUGCUGUGUUUUAUGUAGAAUGGGUUUCCUUGCCUGUAAUGGUGUACGUCAUGACAAAAAUAAUAAUUUGCAUGUCAUAAUGUAAUUUCUCCUCCAUUUUAUUGAGAAAAUAACAUCCGCAAGUUCAUUUAACACCAGUGUACUUGAUGUAGUGAUUCUGGUAAAGUACAGGUCUGCAGGAUACCACUUUUAAGAGUAUUGGUUUUGAUGUGCAGUGAUUUCUCUGUUAAAUUCAAGCUUCUUUUAAAAAUCAUAAAGGUACAUAGGUUCAUGAGGAAAGGGAAACAUGUCAGUUUUGAAGAGCAGUUCCCAAUAAGUAACAUUAAGAAUGGGUGCUAAAUUACAGUGCUUACCAGACCUGCAAUAUGAAAGAUCAGAAGUUGCAUACAAUUUUCUGAAUUUUGCAACAGCCGUGCCACUAUCUUCCCCUAAACACUGCUGGAAGAAUGAGUUUCAGACAUACCCCUCCCCCACCUCAUUCCCCUCACCAUGUAAAGUUAUAAAAGUCUAUAUGUAAGCUUGGUGCUGUAAUGUUGGAAAAGAUACAAAAAUGUUCUUUCUAUUUUGUUUAUUAAAUUUAGACAUAAGAAUUUUGUAACUUUUGUGAAUGUUUGUCAAUGUUGUUCUACAUGCAUUAAAAACUGUCUUGCAAUUAAAAAAGGUAACAGCUGAUUUCCAAAGGUUUGUUUUUAAAGCCUUGUUGCUUUUCAUAAAAUAGAACAUUUGUUGUUUGUGUAGAGAUUGUGCAGAACACAACCUGUUCUAUUCCCCAAAAAAAAAUAAUUUGGUUGUUUAUAAUUGUGUCCAUGAUGGGGUCAAUGGUUAUCUGUGAUUGUGAACUCAAAAUGAAAUUAAACAGCUGCAAUAGAGCUCGAAAAUAUCAAUGCACAUUUCUUGUGAAAUUGUAAUAGCUCUUAAAUUUUGAUGCCCUUUCACAGAGACCCCUUCAGAACCUUCCAGAUAAGUGAUAUAGAGAAUUUCCCAUUUUCCCAUGGGUUCAGAACAAACAAUUCUAUUAUUGGUUUAAAUUUUAUGAGAGGAAAUUCCCUCAACUGAUCUAUUGAUUAGUUCACAAGUUGGUCUUAAAAAGCAGAAGAUCCAAACACUAUGGUGAGGUAAUUUAGGAAAUAGGUCUGGGAUUGUAAUGCCGUAAAGUAUGAUGAGUAAAUGUUGAGUGAGGGCAGUACUGACUGGGCUUUAAUAAUUCGUGCAGUUGAAUACCUUGCUGUGAGAUUAUCUUGUCUCAUAUCUGAUGAAAUAAUACUGGAAAGUUGCCUGUGUCCAUCAACUGUACCCUAACAGGAGUCAGUAUCACGAGGACUGGAGAGUAGAGAAGAGGAAGAGAAGAAAUGAAAGAAAACCAAGUUGCUGAACUUCAUGUUGGCACUUAAUGAUCUUACGUAAGUUAUUGAUAAGUGUAGACAUAAAGUGAUACAAUUCAAAACACAAUUAUGUCAUAGUCACUUACUAUCAAAGAUUAUUGGGAGUAUACAGUAAAGUGGAAUUGAAGCCACAAUCAGAUCAGCUAUGAUUUUGUUGAAUGGCUGAGUGGGCUUGAGGUCCCAAUGACCUACCCCUGUAUCUAAUUCAUAUGUUCCUAUGUAUGUAUGUAUGGCCCAUAUAAUUAUUUGGCCAUUUCAAGGUUGUACAGUAUAGACAAAGCAGAUCACAUAUGAGGUGUGCAUUUAACAGUCAUAAAAUGCAAAGUACAUAUCAACUACUGAAGGGAAGAUUAAAAUUCAAAAUUCCUUUAAAAUCAGAUAAUGCCUUUAAAAAAUUUAUUGACCUUGUUUCUUGCUGGAUAUUUGAUUGCAUUUUGUGAAAUAAUGAUCAUUAAAAUAUGAACAACCUUCCAUCUGAUAAAACUUGGUUUAUGUUUUACAAUAUUGCUGCUUACUGCUUUUCAGUACUUUUAUGAAAGCCUUUGGGUGUUUUUUUUUCCACAGCAUUUAAUUUUCUGUGUAAAUAAGGAAUGAUAUUUUUCUUUCACUGUUUACUUGGUUCUAGAGAUUUUAUUUUCCUUUUGUCUUAUGGCCCUGUGUACGUAUACUAUAAUGUUUGUGGCUGAACAAUAUUUUGUUAUAGUUUUGUACCUGUAUUGAAAUCACACAAUGUACACAAUAAAUGCUUUCAGCUACAUAAUGCAUUGUAUGUGCCUUUGCCACAAAUAGUGGCUUAAGAUCAGGUUUGUAUUUGGCUUGUGCCUUUUCUUCCCUGAAAAUGAUGGUGUAUUCUGUAGUAAAAUUGUAGAAAUCAUUGUCACCUUUUACUGCCUCAGCCAGAAAUCAUUCUUCAUGUGUGACUCUGACCUAAGUGAAAUAGAAUGUUAAACCUUCAGGCAUGUACAUGAUUCUUGCCUUAACUGAUAUCCAUAAUUCAUGCAAAUUUCAGUAAAUGUCAUCAAACUGUAGGAAGCUGGCUUUGCAUUCCCUCUUCCCAACGUUAGAACUUGUGACGCUGUGCUGCUUUUUAGCACCCCCAUCUAUUGCCACUACCAAAAUUAACUCAUUCACCUAAGUUUAAGCAUGGAUCUCUUUGGAUCUGCAGGGUUAAUUUACAAAUUGUCUCCUAUUCUACCAUAGAGAAUAGCUGCUUUGGAGAGAUUUACAUAAAAUGUGAUGCAGUCAACAUACCCUCAUGGUGUUAAUAAUUACAAGUCCAAUUCUUAUAAAACAGUAUUUUAUUCUACAAACGUUAUCAAUACUAUAGUCACAAACUACAUGUUAUGUGCAAAACAUAAAUCAAUUAGAUUUCCUGUUAGAUCUUUUGGGAACUAUGCGACUGAAGAUGGAAAACAAUCAGUCUACACUCAAUUCUUUGUUUAUGCUAGCUGUGGUAAUACUUAGGGCGCUUUGAUUGCGUAAUGGCUGCUGGGCUAAGGAAGGGUGGGGAAUGUGACAGAAUUCCUGUUGUGGAUCACUAUGCAAUAACACUUGGAUUUCACACAAGAGUGAAAUCAGUCUGCACUUGAACAAUCUGCUGUCACUCAUUGUUAGUAUCCACAUAAGAGAAGUGAUCACUUGGGCGUGAUUGGAGAAUUAGUGGGCUAGGAAACCCAUCUCAUCACAAAAUCUGGACAAUUUCAGAAGAUGUGAAGAAAAAAUUCAGGAGAAAAAUCAAUUUAGUUGUAAGCAUGAUUAUUGAUUUGAAUUGACUUCACGAUUGUGGGGAAAUGAUACUUGAAAUUAGUCAACUAAUGGCUUUAGAAAUAAAUUUAAAAGCCAAUACCGGGGUCCAAACACUCAUACAGCUUGUUAAUGAACAACUGAAAAUGUGCAAAUAUGAUAAUUUAAUGGAGGAUUGAAAAAACAUAAAGGGAAACUUGAUCAGUUUUUUUAUGUUCUCUGAAGGCUAAUGUUAAAAGAUGGUCUGGUACUCUGCUAACCUUAUUUAAAAAUGUAUACUAAAUCUGAAUUUCUCUCCUUAAAAACAGUCAAUUAACAUUAUGGUGUGAUGUGAAAAUUCAAGAUUACGAAGUGCAAUAAUAGCUACAAAAAAUUGUUAUAUAAAGGAACUUGACAUUU